GUCUUGAAGCAAUCGCUGCAGAUGCAGGCCAAUUCGGUGGAAGAGAAGGAUCUGGCGGCAUCAGAGCUCAUCACGUCCUUGGAGGAGCGUGUGGAAACCUUGGAAAUGGACCUGGAGAGGGAAACGCGCCGGGCCAAAGAGAAGGUGGAGGAGUCCAUCCAUGAUUUCAGCGACAAGAUCUGUGCUUUCGAAGAGGUGAUGAAGGACAAAGAGCAGGCCGUACAUUUUGGAGCACGGUGCCUAUCCUGCAAUCGCGCCUUCGAUGAUGUGGUCAAGACAUCAGGCAGCGUCAACCUCCCAGCCGAGAAGCGUCGAGCACAG